AUGCCAUUUAUUCAAAAUCGAAACGCUUUCCUUCAAUCACAAGGAAAUGAUGGUCGACCAGACGUAGGAGAUGGAGGAGAAAAAUAUUAUCCCGGUCCGUCUCGUGGUGCUGGACCUUCUUCUAGCGGUCAUCGACUCAAACCUGGGGAUGUGACACCACCGCUACCUGGUGCAACACCUGAAGAUCCUCUCGCUGGAGCUCUUUUGGGACUUGCUGAAAAUCUAGUUACAGUUUUUCGUGGCUGCUUGAAGUUUCAAUUCAGCGUUACAACAAAGCUUGUCAUCGCUCACCCAUGUAUGGUGUUACGACGGCAAUGUCAAGUUCAUCAAAACGCUCGGUCAUUGCAUUUAACUCCUUUCACACUUGUACCGGUUGUGUGCAAUAUGGUGGCUAACGAGGGAAUUUUGACAUUUUGGAAAGGAUCAAUUGGUUCAUGUGUCCUAUGGGGUCUUUCGAACGUCACUGAGAUUGUGUUCGCUGAUUUAUUUGGGUUACCAAGGCAUGUUGUUGUCAAUGGUAGCAGCGAAAAGUACUGGAAGCAUAUUCUUCUGAAAGCGUAA